AUUCGCACAUUGAUUCUUUUGGGUAUCUCUGCCACCUCUGUGAAAGCGUGUUUUGGAGCCGGUGGUCAAUUUUGCUGCAUACCAGGUGCACCCGCUGAAGAGCCUCCUCCUCCUCCACCUCCUAAGCCUAAGCCACAUGCAGCAGCUGCUCCUGUUGUCUACGUCGCAGCACCACCUCCUCCACCUCCUCCACCCCCGCCUUCUAGAUAUCUCCCUCCACCACCAGCUCCCAGCUAUCUUCCUCCAGCACCGCCUUAUCCCUCUGCUGCUAGUGCUCCUAGUUCUGGUCCAGCAGCAGCUCCAUCUCUUGGUGGAGGUAUUUCUCCAGGUGCUCAACCUGCUGGUGGGAGUGGGGGUCUUGCACAGGCUCUGCAACUUGCUAAUAGGUUUCUCGGUGGUGCCGGUCAAGGGCAACCUUCUGGAGGCGGUGGUGUUGGUGCGGGUACCAUGGCCGGCCAAGGACAACCACUUGGCGGAACUGCUGGACUCGGGCAGGCCCUCAACGUCGCUGAUCGAGUUGUCAAUACUGCUGUUGGUGCAGGUUUAUCAGGUGUUCAAGGUCAAGGCGCAGGCGGUGCUGGCGGCCUUGGUGGCCUUGGUGGCCUUCCGUUCAGAGACCCUGCACCUGUUGCCGAGGUAGGACGAGGAGUAGGUGGUGCAACUUACGACUCAUCCUCACGUCUGGCCGGCACGUUUGCGGAAACAGCAAAGCCUGCUAAUGCAGCUGGCGAUAUGAGUCACACAGUCAUCAAGACGGCCAGCUUACUACAAGAGGAAAAAGAGUCAGAAGCAGGGUCAAUCCGAUACUCAUAA